ACAAACAAAAAAAUAUUCGCGAAUCGUAUCAUACAUCUAACAAAAAAAAAAAAAAAACCUGAAUCGAAGAUGCCAUUGAUGAUGAAAAUGGUCGACGUAUUUGGAUCGUUGAGAUCAUUGUUCAAGAUACAAAGGAUUUCCGAAGAUAAUUUGGUAUUUCGAUUGCAUUAUCGUACAACCGUUGCAUUAUUGUUAGGUGGUUGUGUUACAUUAGCAUGUAAAAGCAUUUCCGGAUCGCCAAUACACUGCGAGGCUUCCGGUUCCGUUGACAAGGUCGUGCUCGAGACCUUCUGUUGGCUUCACACGACUUACAGUAUGGUACAUGCCUUCAACUUGAGCAUUGGACAAGCUGUACCUUAUCCGGGGGUUGCUAACAGUAAAGGUGAAGGGAUACAUGGACAUACUCCUCAUCCAUUGGUCAAACAGCACAAGUAUUAUCAAUGGGUUAUCUUCUUUCUUCUACUUCAAGCAAUUCUAUUUUACACACCAAGAUGGUUGUGGAAGGGUUGGGAGGGCGGUAAAAUUCACGCUCUCAUGAUGGAUCUCGACAUAGGUUUGUGCUCGGAGGUUGAGAAGAAACAAAAGAAGAAAAUGUUGUUAGACUACCUAUGGGAGAAUCUACGUUAUCACAAUUGGUGGGCAUACAGGUACUACCUAUGCGAAGUUCUCGCUCUGCUGAACGUCAUUGGUCAGAUGUUUUUGAUGAAUCGUUUCUUCGAUGGAGCCUUCCUCACAUUUGGCAUCGACGUACUUAGGUUCCUUGAGUCUGAUCAAGAGGACCGUGUUGAUCCAAUGAUUUACGUAUUUCCACGAAUGACAAAAUGCACUUUCUACAAAUAUGGCGUCAGUGGGGAAGUUGAAAGACACGAUGCCGUUUGCAUAUUACCAUUGAACGUUGUCAAUGAAAAAAUCUACGUCUUCCUAUGGUUUUGGUUCCUUUUCCUCGGCAUAUUAAGCUUCUUAACGGUAUUAUACAGGAUCGUAAUUAUAUUUUCGCCGCGAACGAGGGUCUACCUUUUAAGGUUGAGAUUUCGUUUGGUUAGAAGGGAUGCAGUCGAGACAAUAGUACGACGUAGCAAGGUCGGUGAUUGGUUUCUCCUAUACAUGUUAGGGGAAAAUUUGGACACCGUAAUAUACAGGGACGUGAUGCACGAAUUGGCAAAUAGGCUUGCAUCUAGGCAUCAUCACGGUGUACCAGGUGGUAAAGGUGAAUUACAAGAGGCCUGAUCUAGGCUGCCUCGGAGGAUCGAAGGAUUCCAACUACGCCGAGGUUCCUCCUCCCACAUAUCUUCUUGUCCUUUGGAAUGGACGUGCCGUUGUCUUUUUCGUCAUCGUUGGUUCCUUUAUUAAAAAAAAAAAAAACAAAAAAAAUGGGAGGAAAACUCACAAGAACAAACCAAAACAAAAAAUCCAAAGAAAAGAGGAAUCCAAAAGAAAGAAAUAUAUUAUUAUUAUUAAUAAUAAUAAUAACCUUUUACGUGUUCGUACCUCGAAAAGGAGAAGGAGGAGGAAUAAGAGAGGGGGGGAGGUCCUUCUUUUAUUUGAUUUUAAUGCAAGACUAUUAACAACUAUCGAUAUUUCAAUUCGAUUCGUAUUAGCAUCCUUCGAAAAGUAAACAUUCAAAUUUUCAAUUGACAAUUCAUUUUCAAUUCUAUCAUAUUUUAAAGUUAACACGUUAAGAGUUAAAAGUUCGCGACGUGAAUUUUUAGACAAAUUCCUGUCAGGCCACAGACGUUACUUUGUAUUGAAAAAAUAGUUGAACGUGUCAGUCACUUGUGACUGACGUGGCCCAAACGGAAAGUCUAAUGUCAGUCAUCGAUGACCGACGUGGCGCUCAACGUGUUAAAAAACGAAAAAGGGGAAAUGAGAAAAAUGAAAAAAAAAAAAUCGAAUCGUUUAUUUUUCCCCCCCCCCCAUAAUAAUUCGUGAAUAGUUCGUACUUCUUUCUUCACUUCUUUUUCAUAACUAAAAUUUGAAGUAAGUAUUAUUAUUAUUUUUUUUUUUCUUAUCGUAGGAUGCUAAUCGAGAAAAAGACAGACUGCCGGUGCAUAAUGCACCUCUUUACACGUGCCUUAUCGUUCGAAACGAUAUCGGUCUUUUAACGGACUAACGUAUUUACGUACUUACUUAUUAUAUACAUACAUUUACAUAUACACACAAUACACACAACAUAUACAAAUAUACGUUUAUAUACGUUCAUACACACGUUACAUGACUUUUCUUUUUUACGAAGAAGCACACGAUCGAUGUGUGCGUUCGAUAUCUUCGUAAAAAAAAAAAAAGAGAAAAAAA